AUGAAGGCUUUACUUCUGACGAUGGUUGUGGCGACCAUUUGCCAGCUGGCGUUCGCCGCGUGUCCGGAAUCUGAUGGGGAUAGACCAUGGCGCGAGUCGGGUUGCAGCUGUUACCAAGUCGUGCUGACCCCGAGCACUUGGACCGAAGCACGUGAUCACUGUGCCAAAAUGCUGCCUGGUGCCCACCUGGCCACCCUGACCAGCAGGAGUGAGAUCUCAGAUCUACUGUGGAACGUCAUGGGGCAUGAUGUGGACCUAUCACUCUGCCCCAGCUUGUUCCACUGGAUUGGAGUCACUGAUAUCGGUCAUGACGACAUCUUCACGCAAAUCGAUGGAGCCACCUACGAGAAUUGGGUCCAGCCGUUCGAGCCCCACCACAAACCGGAUCAAGAUGACUGCGGUGCCAUGCAUCCGCACGGGGGCAGCUGGUAUGGGGAGCCCUGCUCCUUCCAACACUGCUUUGUGUGUGAAGUGGGCACCAUCUAG